CCAACAUAACAUAAAGUCUCCAAAAACAUUCAAAAUUCACUGCGUGAUCCGAAUCGCACACGAGUUUUCUUGUUGGAGUUGCUCAGAAUGGCCUCGAGGUUGGCUAAAAUCAGACGACCUUGAGCUGUCACUAGGCGGUCGUUGAAACAAUCAAAUCAACUCGUCAGACUUAUUCAACGAAUCAAUCUUUCCAUCUACAACCUACACGCGGCCAAGGUGAGGUACCUUGUUGAAUCAGCCAGAUUCCCACCCAAAAUGGGACAGGACCACUCUGUCGAGGCGAGGCCACCUCCAACUCAUGAAGAGGCUGUGCGGCACCUUGCCGGCAAAUUCGCCAAUAAAUGCUACACGCCAUUGGAGAUCUAUUCGCUCAAGGACAAUUUCAAAAGCCUGGCCGACACUGUCCAGGAUGUAAAGUACCUCAAGGAGGACACGGUUGCCCGGUUCCUCGAGAUCCCCGACGCGCUUCGCGUCACUCCAGUGCUGUUCCAGGCCGUGUCCUAUCUGGCAGCCUUUCCCUUCUUGCGUGACGCCCCCGCAGUUCUCGGUCUCGAUCAGCUCAUCAUCGCCAUCACCAUCCUGACGGGCCGUUGGAAGCGAGUGCUCAAAAGCCCUGCGGACAGGACUAGGUUGCUGUUUAAGAGCCUAGCUGUCUAUGACCGCAAGUUGUCUCGUGCGACAAUAACGCCUGUUACGAGCCCCACAGUAGCCGAAGCCAAGGGUGCACCGGCCGGCUUCGCGGUGGAUGAGGCUGGUGACGAUGACGAUGUCGAGGACGACGGGGAUGAUGAUCUCGUCUUGGCGGCGUUCGAGUCCCUGGACUGCGUGGAUGCAUUCCGUCACGGAGACGCACCGCCCAAGAUCAAGGGAGCCAUGAUCCCGGCCGAUAAUUUUGUUCGGCUGAUCAUGCUGCUUCUCUUGGUGGCGCCGCUCGAUCCACAGGAGAGGUUGUCGCAGUACUCGGAACGGCUCGUUGGUCCCGAGCUCGAGGAUCUACAUGCUACGGCCGAGUGCGUGCUCAAGGCGUUUUUGGAUGUUGAGGAGGUUCCCGGGCUUACCUGGUCUCGGUUCCGUAAGAUCCUACCGGCGUGCUGCCCAUUCAUGUUUGACGCUGGGUUCAACGCCCUCUUUAGCCACUUUCUCUUCUCGAAAAAUCUCGACUUUACCAAGCGCAAGACGACGGGCUCGGAAGAGGACGGCGGAGAGCAACCCAAGCCGCCACAGAAGGCCGCUCCGGUGCAGUCAACGCUCCCACAACCGUUGCUGCCCCAAGCCGGCUCGAUCCUCAACGCCAACCUUCUCUCGCAGCUUUCUUUCUUCAUCCCUGGGGACUCGAUAUUCCGCUGCCUGCGAUUGCUGUACUCGGGCGACGAGGACGGAUUCUCCAUGGGCAGUUUCGAGAGCAAGGUCUUCAACUGGCGUGCUCCGACACUCCUCCUCGUCCGAGGUCGGAGGUUGGACGACCAACCAGACGGCACUCGCGAGUCCGCUUUUGCCGCCUCGAUCCCGCCGCGCAGGUUCCCCAACGGUAGCAGCGGCGGCAGCACUGAAAACAAGGAUGAGACCCUCACUUUUGGCGCUUUUAUCGCCCAGCCCUGGCGACACACUCACCGGGAGUGCUUCGGCGACGAAAGCAGCGUCCUCUUCCAACUGGGGCCGGUGCACGACGUGUUCCGGGCCAGCACGUUGAACCGGGACUACGCAGGCUUCGUCAAGCCAACCGGCAGUGGCAGCAGCAACCACCACGGCGGCAUCACAUUCGGAUGUCCGGCACCGUCACCCUCCAAGGCGUCGUCGGCGGCCGGCGCACUCGUGGCGCUCGGCAGCGUGUCGCUGUUCCUGGACUCGAGCUUCGAGUUUGGCGUCUUUACGCACGACCACACGUCGCGCGGCGGCGCGUACGCCGGCUCCGCGUCGCGGCCUCGAAACUUUCAGGAGCGCUUCGCCGUCGAUUGCCUCGAGGUCUGGGGCUGCGGCGGCGACGAAGAGUCCAAGCGCCAGGCGGAACGCUGGGCCUGGGAGGCUAGGGAGGCCGAGGCUAGGAGGAAGAUCAACCUCGGCACCGGAGACCUCGAGGCCGACCGGGCGCUGCUGGAGAUGGCUGGGUUGGUCGGACAGAAUAGAAGCGGCGGUAGUAUGAUUUGAUCUAGUGGUG